CGGAGACGGUAGCAUAUCAAAUGGAUGACAAAAUGUUACAGGAAGACUCGGAAAAUUCAUGUAGCUCAGAUUCUGGCAUGGAAGAAUGUGGAACAAGUCCGAUAUCAAAUGCUUCUUCGAACGGAACAACUUCGCCUACGUCAUCAUAUGAGAUGGACCUUCCAAAAUCCUUCAUACCAUUCCGACCUCAAAUUAUUACACCUUCCGAAAGUUCAGCAUUUAGUAAAAUAAGUAAAUUAGCUAGUUCGACUCAACAUUCAGCAGUGUUUCCAUCUUUACCCUUUGGUGCACCCCCUCCGUUUGGAUAUUUUCCUGGCUUAUUCAUACCUCCAUGGACAACUGAAACAACCGAUUACCAAGCUCUCUUGGCUCAUAGUAAAUAUAAUUCGACUGCUGAAGACCAAAAAGACAGUGAACUCACAACGAACGCGUUUACUGAAGUGAACACGUCCAUCCCUUUUACAAACUAUUUUCAGAACUUAACAAGGCUUUUGAAAAAGACAGAGAGUACAGAAAACCGACACGAAACCGACGAAGUUAUCAAUGAACCCGGUGAAAUAACGCACAGAAAUAAAUCGGACAGGCCAGAGUUAUAUAAAGAAGCACUUUCCUCUAGCAGACAGAUUCAUUACACCGAAGAUUGCAAUCAAAAUGAAACACCAAAUAAAACUAACAUUGCUAUUCCACCGGCACCAUUUUUCCCGAGUGGACAAGCUUUAUCAAUGUCUCAACUUCUCGGUUCUUCUCCGUAUUUACAAACUCCUGCAACACAAGUUCCCCAAUUGUCACCCAACGCACAGAUGAUGCAGUAUUUCGGUGGUAUUCAGCCUCAUGCAAGUUUACUUCACCCAGCAUUACUCCACAUGGCAGGACUUAGAAGUCGACGAAUCAAUGCAGAGAAACCUCCACCAAUUAAAAAGUACAAAUGUGAUGUGUGUGGAAAGGCAUUUUCCAGAAGCAAUACUUUAGUUACACACAAGCGAAUCCAUACAGGAGACAAACCCUUCAAAUGUGAAGUUUGUGGACGAGCUUUCAGACAACCAGGAAAUCUCACGAGACAUCGUCUGACGCAUACAACAGUCAAACCAUACGUCUGUCCAACAUGCAACAAAGCAUUCAACAGAGCAUCUAAUUUGCAUACGCAUAUGCGCACUCAUACCAACUUCAAACCAUUUACCUGUCCGUAUUGUGGAAAAGGUUUUCAUCAAAAGAUUGACAUGAAAAUUCAUUGCUACACUCAUACUGGUGAAAGACCACAUAGAUGCGAUAUCUGCGGUAAAGGGUUCACUUUAAUCAGCACCCUCAAUGCUCACCGACGAAUACACACUGAACACAUGCCGGUACCCGAAUAGAUGCCUUGGACCAAUACAUAAAUCAGUCCCAGAAGAUGCAUAAUAUCAACACUGCAUGGACUACCGAUACAUUGUUCGGAGACAAAUACAUACAUAGCAUGGAUAAUAGCGACCGGAUAAAUAUUUUUUUUCUAAACAGUUUUUUAUGUGGUAUAUUGCUCAGAAAAAGACUAGUCAGAAUGUGAGAACUCAUUUACCAGCUUUGAAAUUGUAUCAUUCAUUAUUUUAUUUUGUACAUGUUGUGGAAACAAGGGGAAGAAUGAUCCUUUUCGUGAAAUUUAAUUUAUUCUUUUAAAGUUGUAUAACAAUAUGAAAACUAUGCUAGUGUACAUAUAACGAAAAAGUACAAAAGAUAUAUAUACAGUGUUUCAUAUAAGUUAAAGUAGUUAAUUCACUUCGUUACUCAAUGAAUAUAGGGCUCUCAUGUUUCUAACCUUAAUAAAUCAUGUUUCGUUCUCAAAAACAAACGACUGGUAGUAUUUAUUGUUAAGUUUUAUUUUUUCUAAUUUUGUGUGCGUAAUUUAUGGUAUUGUGCAAUGUUAUUGUUAAGUUGUAAUGAAUAAAUGUGCUAUUAAAA